AUGAGAUACUUUGAUAGACAGUGCAGGAAACGCCGCAAGGCUACACGUAGGAUCUGGAAGAAUGGAAGCUGCGCAGUCGCAUCCACAAGAGAGCUGCAGAUGACCUACCCAUCGUCGAAGCCACUGCACUGUCCAUUGCUCACUGAUGGGAGCCCUCUCGGCAUGCCCAUAGGCUACUUGCACACCAACGUCUUGCUUCUGCAGCUGACUCAGACCUUCCCAGGAAUCGUAGACCCGGCCGCCAUUCCAGAUCCGUGUCGACGAGUUGACAGCCCUGAAGUUUACGACAUGGUCCGAAUCCUACCCAGAAAAUUGGGCCGACUGCGCCACUACUGGGCAACUAGCCGUAGGCAGGCAAAUUUGAUCUUUUGUCCACCUGAUAAUAAUUUCGGAUUCUCGUGGCCCUGGACAAUUUGCCAAAGGCGCCAAAAUCUUGUUGACUUCAGCAAUCGAUCAUCACCAAGCGCUCGGAGGAUCGCAGUCGAAUCCGCGGCCGUAAAGUGUCAGAGUAAAGACGGCAUGCAUAGCCUCAACAUCGGACUGCUGACAUCCUAUCUUGGUCUUUGUCAGCCUCCCGGCAAACACAUGGCCCGUCCAAAGUCAGCAUCCGAAAGAAGAGACGAAGCAGGAAUCUUAUCGAUCCGCAAGCGAGUGGGAUUUUGUUUUAUUUCACUGCGCGUUAGCUGCAACAUCAGCUCUACUGCGCCAUUCCAGCCGCAGACUUCGGACCACCAUCUCAAGUUUGUUCAAGUCGGCGCGGACACGGCCCCACACCACCGGGAGAUGUGCGCCGAGAUGCUCGCGAAUCAGUCUGAUAGCCUGCUUUGGAUAUCCCCCGCAUGUGUCCAUCCCACGCAGCUGGUAAUAGUGGCGUACGGCUCAUACUGCGUAGACAUGCCGUGCUAUUCUCCAUCAGCAGUCAGUCAUGUCCUGCAGGCUUUCGCGUUGAAACAGGACCCUGUUGCACAUCAUGCAUCGAAUGUACAAUUCGUGAUACAAGCCCGUAGCGCUCGCUUACUACCGUCCAAUGACCAAGACGGCUCGGUCAGCGGCAAGAGAGAUGAGACGGCUCGCCACGUAAGGCUGGCCGGAAGAUAUUGCAUGAUACUGCAUCUGCUAUCAACGGAGAGCGGCAACAUGGGAUGGGGUUGCCGCGUCCCAAGAACAUCUUUGUUUCUGUCAGGGGCCAUGCGUUGCGGGACGUGUAUCAUUCUCCGGAUCCCGCGACGAUCAUACAAAGUCCGGCGUGGCGGACAGGCUUCGCGAUGGCUCGUCAGAGGGAGCCAGAGCUGGCAGAUGCAACCCAAGGAAUAUGACAGCAUAUCCGUAGAUAGCCAUGUGCUCCGAAUCACGGCCUCCAGGGGAGACUCAAGAGCUACAUGGAGGAGAUGCAUGGCAUGUGGCGGCUGGUGGAGGCCAGUCCGCUGA